UGGAGGGGGCACGUGUGAGUCUGUGUCUUCGACCUCUCUCUGUGUGUCUCUCACUCUGUCUGAGCCAUGCCUAGCUCGGAGUUGCUGAUGGAGCAGAGUGGCACCUUGGAGCUGGUGGUGGAGAUGGAGAUGGGCCUGGGCAUGGGCAGGAUGCUGGAGGAUGAGCAGCGAGCGCUGCAGUUGGCCCUGGACCAGCUCUCCAUGCUGGGGCUGAGCGAGGAGCAGGAACAAGCGGAGCUGCUGGCGGAUGGCGAGGAGGAAGAGAAUGUCAACAACAACAAUAACAACACUAGUGCCGGUGGUGGCCACCAUCGCCACCGGGAGAGCUACCUCGCUGCCCUGUACGAGGGUGGCGAAGCCAAAAAGAAAAGCUGCAACACCACCGAGUGUGUGCCGGUGCCCAGCUCGGAGCACGUGGCUGAGAUCGUGGGCAGGCAAGGCUGUAAGAUCAAAGCGCUGCGGGCCAAGACCAACACAUAUAUCAAGACCCCAGUGCGAGGGGAGGAGCCCGUCUUCGUGGUGACCGGCCGGCGUGAGGAUGUGGCCAUGGCCCGUCGGGAGAUCAUCUCGGCCGCCGAGCACUUCUCCCUGAUCCGAGCCUCCCGCAACAAGGACGGCCCGGCCCCCGGGGCAGUCCCCGUGCCCCCCAACCUGCCGGGCCAGACCACCAUCCAGGUGCGGGUCCCCUACCGGGUGGUGGGGCUGGUGGUCGGGCCCAAGGGGGCCACCAUCAAACGCAUCCAGCAGCAGACCCACACCUACAUCGUGACGCCGAGCCGCGACAAAGAGCCCGUCUUCGAGGUGACGGGCAUGCCCGCCAACGUGGACCGCGCCAGGGAGGAGAUCGAGGCCCACAUUGCCGUCAGGACGGGGGGCCUGGUGGAGCUCAAUGAUGAGAAUGACUUCCACUGCAACGGGGUGGAGGCUGGCUACGGGGGCCGGGCACCCAAGCCCUGGCCCAAGCUGGCCCUGCCGGCCGGCCGCAAGCCCCUGGCCAACUUCCGAGGCAACGGCCCCGACCCCUUCUACGGCAACGCCAAACCCGCCGACCACCAUCACCAUCAGCACCACCAUCAGCACCACGCCUGCUACAGCAACGGUGCCGCCUACGGGGAGGCCUACUUUGGCACCGAGGGGCGGGAGGCCCCGCCCGACGCCCACCUCUGGACCCCCCCGGACCCCCCGCCGCGCCGGCCCAGCGGCUCCGCCCACCCCCGCCUCUCGCCCGAGGCCUCCCACCCGCUGGCGCGCCGGGCGCACAGCGACCCCCUGAGGGGGAGCGCCCCUCCCCCGCCCCCCAGCGGCAGCGCCGACACCCCCCCGCCCUCCCCCCGCCCCCCGGCGCCGCCCCCCCCUCCGCCGCCGGCACCGUCGCGCCACGCUGCCAGCCGGGAGUGCCAGGUCUGCUUCGAGAGCGAGGUGACAGCCGCGCUGGUCCCCUGCGGGCACAACCUCUUCUGCAUGGAUUGCGCCAACCGCAUCUGCCAGCGCAGUAACCCCCACUGCCCAGCCUGCCUCAGCACCGUCACUCAGGCCAUUCGCAUAUUCUCCUGAUCGCCCACAGCCACUCCCACCUCUCCCCCGGCAAAGGGACCAGGGGAGCAGGGGAGGUGGGGGUGUGGUUGGGGGAAGGGGGCGUUGUGGGCCACAGUCUGCUCAAACGCUGGAAGAUCUAACC